AUGGCUAGCGGUGAGACGUCAUUGGUUAAUGCACCCGCUCCCGCCGUUCGCAGUGGCACGCUAAAGAUCAAUACAACCAAUACGCUGAUUUCUGCCGGCACGGAACGCAUGCUUGUAGGAUUUGGCCGGGCCAACUGGUUGGAAAAAGCUCGCCAGCAACCUGACAAGGUUCGCAUGGUUCUGCAAAAGGUGCAGACCGAUGGCUUGGCGACAACGGUAGAAGCCGUUCGCUCGAAGCUUGCACAGCCGUUGCCGCUUGGAUACUGCAAUGUGGGUGUUGUGGGCGCCGUGGGCAGUGACGUAUCCGGGUUCAAGCCCGGCGACCGCGUGGUUUCCAAUGGCCCUCAUGCCGAUAUCGUUAUCGUUCCCAAGAAUCUGUGCGCCUUGAUCCCGGAUUCGGUCAGCGACGAAGCCGCCUCGUUUACCGUGCUGGCCAGCAUCGGCUUGCAGGGGAUUCGGCUGGCUCAGCCGACGCUGGGCGAGACCUUUGUCGUCACCGGCGUAGGUCUGAUCGGACUGAUGACGGUUCAGCUCCUGCGAGCCCAGGGCUGCCGAGUACUUGCCGUUGACUUUGAUGAGCAAAAACUGGCGUUGGCUCGCAGUUAUGGCGCCGAAACCUGCAAUCCCGGCAAAGGGGAAGAUGUUGUAUCGGCGGGGAUGACGUUCAGCCGCGGAAGAGGCGUGGAUGGCGUCAUCAUUACGGCGUCGACCAAGUCGUCCGACCCGAGUCACCCAGGCGGCACACAUGUUUCAUGUUCUUACGGGCCCGGGCGCUAUGAUCCGAGUUACGAAGAUCAAGGCAACGACUUCCCGAUAGGUUUUGUUCGUUGGACUGAACAGCGCAACUUCGAAGCCGUCCUGGAUAUGCUCGCCAGCGGCCAAUUGGAGGUCAACUCGUUGAUCUCCCAUCGGGUUGCAUUCGAAGACGCCGCAGAUGCCUAUCAGACGCUUACGACGGAUAAUUCGGCGCUGGGUAUCAUUCUUCAGUACACCUCGGAAGAGACCGAGCGAAACAUCAAGGAAGUCGUGCUGGCACCUGGUGCGGUAGCCAGUUUCGACCCGGUCAAACCCGUGGUUGGCUUCAUCGGUGCAGGAAACUAUGCAUCAAGAAUGCUGAUACCGGCGUUCAAGGCCGCGGGCGCUCAGUUCCAUACGAUUGUGACUGCCGGCGGUAUCAACGGUGUAAUACACGGCAGCAAGGCUGGAUUUGCACAAGCCUCGACUGAUAUCAGUGCGAUGCUUGGCGAGAGCACGAUCAAUACCGUUGCAAUUGUCACCCGUCACGACAGCCACGCCCGUUUUGUCGCUCAAGCGCUGGAGGCGGGUAAACAUGUGUUCGUCGAAAAGCCAUUGGCAAUUGAAUCCCAGGAUUUGGCAACGGUUGAAGAGGCCUAUCGAAAGGCUGUCGAACAAGGGCUCAAGCCACAUUUGAUGGUUGGAUUCAAUCGACGCUUUUCGCCACAGGUCCAAAAGAUGAAGGCGUUGCUCUCGGCUGUAAAAGAGCCCAAGUCUUUCAUCAUGACGAUGAAUGCCGGAGCGAUUCCCGCGAAUCACUGGACCCAGGACCCGUCAGUCGGCGGUGGGCGUAUUAUUGGCGAAGCGUGUCAUUUCAUCGACCUGAUGCGUUUUCUGGCGGGCAGCAAAAUUGUUUCGAUUCAGGCCCGCAGAAUGGGAGAUACGCCUGCUGUUGCCAUUACGGAAGAUAAAGCGGCAAUUACCCUGGGGUUUGAAGAUGGCUCUUUCGGCACCAUCCUCUAUCUGGCCAAUGGCGCUUCAAGCUUUCCAAAAGAGCGAGUUGAAGUUUUCGCUGCCGGACGCGUCCUGCAACUGGAUAACUUCCGCAAGUUGAAAGGUUUCGGCUGGCCGGGCUUCAGCAAGCUGAAUCUCUGGAAACAGAACAAGGGGCAAAGCGAGUGCGCUGCGGCUUUCCUUGCAGCGGUGCAAAACGGGGCUGUCACGCCGAUCACUUCCGAUGAAAUUUUCGAAGUGGCGCGCGUCCGAUAUUUCGGGUUCUGGGAAUGUCCGGUAUCGGACGCACCUCCUGACUGGCAUUUGAAUCCGCUGAAUGGAGUUCGAGUGCCUGAUCCCGGCCGGGAAUGGUGGCGGAUUCCGGAUUUUGAUGCCGCUGUCGGUGAUAUCAAGAAUAUCUGGGAAGCUUCGCGAUUUGACUGGACGUUGGUCUUUGCCCAGAAGUCCUGUGUUGGCGGAUCUUCAGGGACGGCGCAGUUAAACGGUUGGUUGGCGGAUUGGUGUGUCAAUAAUCCUCCCUAUUGCGGUCCGAACUGGAAGUGCGGUCAGGAGGCGUCCAUUCGUGUCCUGCACCUGGCGAUGAGUUCGGUCAUUCUUGAACAGUUUGCCCACCCGUUGCCGGGGCUUGUGGAUCUGGUUCGACUGCAUCUCAAACGUAUUGAGCCGACGCUGAGCUAUGCGAUGGCUCAGGACAAUAACCACGGGACUUCCGAGGCUGCCGCACUUUUUGUCGGCGGCAGUUGGUUGACGUUAAGCGGUUGCCCCGAGGGCGAACGCUGGCAGCGAUUGGGGCGCAAAUGGCUCGAAAACCGGGCCGCUCGGUUGAUUGAGCAAGAUGGCAGUUUCAGCCAGUACUCCGUCAAUUAUCAUCGGGUGAUGCUCGACACGUUUUCCAUGGUUGAAGUCUGGAGAAACAAACUGGGGCUCCCGGCGUUCUCCGCUACCUUCCAACUCAGGGCUCGCACAGCCGCGCAUUGGUUAUUUUCGUUAGUCGACGAGCACACUGGAGAUGCUCCGAACAUUGGCGCAAAUGAUGGUGCCCGGCUGCUGCCACUGACGGAUACGGACUAUCGCGACUUCAGGCCUGCGGUCCAGUUGGCCAUGGCGUUGUUUGCCGGAAAGAGAGCCUAUGAGUCGGCAGGUGAAUGGGAUUUGCCACUGCGCUGGCUGCUCCUGCCUGGCCCAUCGGCGAUAGCGGAGCCUCCAGGUAGUCAACUGUUUGAUCAGGGUGGUUAUGCAUUGUUACGGCGUGAACAAACCUAUGCUGUAUUGCGCUACCCGCGCUUCCGAUUUCGCCCCAGCCAGGCAGAUGCCCUGCAUGUGGAUCUAUGGCGUGCAGGCAUUAACUUGCUCCGGGAUGCAGGUACCUUCAGCUACAACACCUCUGCCCAGUGGCUGAGUUAUUUUCCGGGUACUGCCAGCCACAACACCGUUCAAUUUGAUGGGCAAGACCAGAUGCCCAGGCUCAGCCGGUUUCUGUUCGGGGAAUGGUUGCGUACGCGCCAGGUCGAAAGUCUGGUUGAGCAGGCUGGAACCAGCUCCUGCGGCGCCACGUACAUCGACGGCAACGGCGUCCGUCAUAAGCGGCAUGUCAGCCUGACCGAUACCGGCAUGAAGGUCAGGGAUGAAUUCACCGGAUUCAAGGAUCGUGCAGUUCUACGCUGGCGUUUGCAGCCUGGGGACUGGCGGCUUGAGGACGAGGUUCUGACCAACGGCUCGCAUCGAAUAUCCGUUGCGGGCAGCAUGCCUAUCGUUCGGCGGGAACUCGUCCAGGGUUUGGAGUCUCGUUACUACUUACAAAAAACUGAGGUGCCGGUGCUUGAGGUUGAGGUGACUUCGGCGGGCGUUUUGACUACGGAGUAUCACUGG